AUGCUGUCCCCCCCCACUUCCUCCUCCGCCCCCCCUCACGUUGUGACCUCUGACCCCCGCCACGUUACCAUGGAGACGUACUGGAGGGAGGUGAAAAGCAUUGAGGAGGAAAAAGAAGGAGAAGAAGAAGAAGAGGAAGAGGAAGAGAGGAAGAGUAUGGACGAGGUGGAGCUGGAGGAGGCGUGGCUUACAGAGGCGGGACUCUCCUCUCUGUUUACGGGCUCGUCCUAUCAGGAGGCGUCUCCCCCGGCGGAGGCGCUGCUCUCCACGUUGUCACGGCAACAAGCUGCAACGGUGAGGAAGAGGCUGGACAACUACAACGAGACGCUGAAGCUGAGGAACCGGCAGCCAAUCAGAGACGUGCGGGACGUCUUCACUGAGCCUGACGAUGAGUCAGCAGAAAGAAGCCCCUCCCCCCCCGCUCACCACAUCGAGUCACAGCCGGGUCGAUACCACACCUCCACCAAGACCAUCCACCGAAACCCUCACACAGUCCGACCGACUCUUCCUGCGUUCUUCUUUGAGGAUCAUCUACCAGAACACCCGUCCUCCCCCCCACACACACACACUCCGACACACACACACUCUCCGACACACACACACUCCCCCCCACACACACACUCUCCAACACACACACAUUCUCCAACACACACACACUCUCCAACACACACACACUCAUGGCCUGUGAGAUGGACGAGGCGAGCUGGUUGGCUGCUGAGGGACUCUCCGUACUCAGAGGGCGUGGCCGAACACAAACGGGGCGGGGCUUGUUGGGACUGCCUCCGUUUCCAUGGAGACGACAGUGAUGAACUGCAGUUCGUACCUGUCUCCCCCUCAGGUCUCACCUGUGCAGACGACCUCUCGUCAUGUGACCUGACGAGGCUCGGCUUCAUCUCUCACAUCGAGCUCCACACCUUCCUGUUGGCUCUGGGAGUUCAGACCAAACACAGCCGAGCGCCAAGACACAGGAGCAGAGAGGGGGGUGUGUUUGCUGUUCCUCUGGAGUCUCUGCUGGAGAACGACAGGAAGACGUGUCCUGGAGUCAAAGUUCCUGUCGUCUUUCAGAAGUUGUUGUGUAUCUUAGAGCAGACCGGCCUGCAGACAGAAGGGAUUCUCAGAGUACCAGGAUCAGCUGCUAGACUGAAGUACCUGCGCAGAGAGUUAGACAGGUGCAGCAGUGGAGGGUUCGACUGGUCGUCAGUGAGACAGGUGGACGCUGCAGGUCUGCUGAAGCUGUUCAUCAGAGAGCUGCCAACACCUCUGCUGACACACACACACCUGUCCACCUACCGCGCUGUGCUGGGUGUGUCCUCAGUGCUUCAUCAGGUUCAGGCUCUUCAGCUGCUGACGCUGCUGCUGCCCGAAGCUAACAGAGAGACUCUGAGAGUGCUGCUGGUCUUCCUGCGUCAGGUGGUCUCCCAUCAGGACCAGAACAGGAUGUCUCUCUGGAACGUUUCCAUGGUGAUGGCGCCUAACCUGUUCACCUGCCAUCGCCGUGGCAACAAGCGCUUCCUGUCCAAACAGCAGGAGGAGAUGGAGGAGGCGGUGGGGGGGGCUCACCUGGUCCGCCUGAUGGUCGCACACCUGGACGUCUUGUGGACCGUACCCACCUUCCUGUUGUCUCAGGUGAGGCAGAUGAACCAGGCGUCCAAUCAGAAGCAGCUCGGCCUGACGAAGGCCAAGAGACGACUUCUGAGGUGGACGAACCACAAGAACCACCAGAACCAGUGUGUGUGUGUGUAGAUCACAGAGUUGUGUGAAGGUGUGAUCAGGGUUCACGCCCCCUGCCACACUAAGGUCUCCAUGGCGAUACAGCUUGACGGACAGACGAGAGCCAGAGACGUGAUCGCCCGCUUCGAGUGUGACAACAGCUGUUCUGCUCAGCACCUUUAUGAAGUCGGAGGAAACAUCUGUGAGCGGCGUCUUCCUCCAGACUGCCUGCUGUUGGAUGUUUACAGAGUGAACCCUCACUGUGAUUGGCUGAUCAAACCCUGACACACAGCCUGUCUCACCUCCACACCU